AAGGAAGCACGACUCGCUUAUCGCGUCAUUCUGGGUUUAGGCGUUGAGCAGGAAACAGCCUUUCCUCUCGGAUUGUCGCAGUAGGAACAAACACACAAUUUUGUCUUCCAUCAAUGCACCCCUCAGCACAGAACACGCGGAAGCCGGUCAGAAGGAAAAAUGCCUCCUUCGAUGGAGAUAGCUGUUCUGCUUCUCGGCGUCCUGACUCUGGAGACGCACUGGUGUGCCAGCGCGCUGCACAUCCAACAAGCGUUCGCGUCUCCAAAUCAGACCAAUAACUUCGUGGUGGAUCCGGUGUCCAGAAAGGUUUACCUGGCUACUGUUAACACAGUUUACCAGCUGAACGGAACCUUGACCAUGGAGGUGGAGAAGAGGACAGGGCCAGUGGAGGACAACCUGUUGUGCCAUGCGCCACAGCUGCCCCAGGCUCCGUGUGAGCAUCCCAAGUCCCUCACUGACAACUACAACAAGCUCCUAAAGCUGGACCGGGAGCAAGAAGUCGUAGUGGUCUGUGGAUCAGUUUAUCAAGGCUUCUGCGAGCUGAGAAAAAUGGGGAAUAUUUCUGAGAUAGCGGUGGAGUUCCCACCUCAGGGCGAAAAGACUGUUUUCCCCAGCAUGCUCAACAUAGCUGCCAAUCACCCAAAUGCAUCCACUGUGGGGCUCAUCUUCAAGAGUAACGGGGGGCAGACCCGACUUUUAGUUGGGGCAACGUACACUGGGGCUGGAACCCAAUUUUUUCCUAAAAACCACAGCAAGGAAGAUCUGCGCUUCGAAAACACACCAGAGAUUGCUAUCCGCUCCUUGAACAUCAAGGAUUUAUCCAGACUUUUCACUUAUGACAUUAAUCCCUCAGAGGAUAACGUGUUUAAGAUCAAGCAAGAGGUUAAGACCAAAAAUAAACUAUAUUUCGUCGACGCCUUUAUCCAGAAGACUUAUUCCUACAUUGCCUUUAAUAAUGACGCCAAAAUGGGCCACAAGGAGAGCCAGCCCAACAGCAUCCUCUCUAGGAUUUGUCUGGAUACCGAGAACCCCCGAAAAUCCACCGGGCCGGAGAGCAGAAAGCUCACCGAGUCCUACAUCCAGAUGCCUCUACAAUGUGGAUUUAACGGGAACAUUUACAACCGGCUGCUGUCCGUGUACCCAGUGGAGAUCCACGCAGGAAACGGAAAAGGUCCAGAGCCUUACCUGUUUGGAGUGUUCUCCAAGGCGGACAGAAAGUCUGCGCUGUGCGCAUUCAAGUUUGGAGAGAUUGAGGAGGAGAUCCGACAAGGCCGCAGGAACUGUUCCAACUCUCCCAGCAGCGAUGUUCAGGUGUUGGACAGUGUUAUCCAGGGCUCCGGGGCAGCCUGCGUUCAGAAGAGAAACUUGAUGUUCCAGCCCGAACAGCUGGACUGUGGUGCAGCCCACCUGCAGCACCCCCUGGCUCUACGAAGGCCCCUGAAGGCCCUUCCUCUUUUUGAAUACUCAGGCCUCAGUUCAGUUUCGGUGGACAAUGUACACAACCACACCGUGGUUUUUCUGGGAACCAGUAAUGGACGGCUACGUAAGCUGACCUUCUUGGCAAACAUGACCUUGGCCAGUCAGUGGACACUGAAGCUGCCAGGCAACGAAGCAGUCCACCAUAUCAUGACCUUUGACCCUAAGGACAGCAAUUUCCUCUAUGUCAUGACCUCUCACCAUAUGCUGAGAGUGAAAGUGGCUGACUGUGAGCAGUGGCAGAGCUGCGGUGACUGUUUGGGAGCAGGUGAUGCUCACUGUGGCUGGUGCACUCUGGAGAACAGAUGUUCCAUCCAGAAGGAGUGUGCUCAUGGGCUGUUGGCACGAUCUUGGAUCAGCAUGGGUGAAGGCACCCAACAGUGUCCAUCCAUUACCUUGACACCCCCAGAAAUCAGCAUCUCCGCAGACAUCAAGGAUGUUGGCAUCCUAAUAAAUGGCAGUGUUCCUGACCUGAUUGGUUCCCGGGUGGAAUGUGAGUACAGACCAAGGGUUUCCACUGCUGCCACACUGCACCUAGACUACGGUCCAGCUCAAAUCCAGACCUGCCCUCUUCUCCCUCGAGAACAGUACCAACCAAUCCUCCCCGGUACAGAUCACAUGACUGUUUCUGUAGCGAUAAAAGUGAAUGGCACAUCUGUGGUAUCUGGCAGUUUUGUUAUCUACGACUGCGAGAGGACUGGAGCAAUAUACCCCAAGACACCAUGUGUUAGCUGUCUGAGCACCAGGUGGAAGUGUUACUGGGACCAAGAAAACCACCUCUGUGUUUCCAGUAAAGAUGAUUCAAAGCACAACCUCCUCGAGAACACAGCUUCCUGUCCCAGUCUGCUUCCCCCAGAGGUUCCUCCAUCACCGUCAGGAAUGGCCCAAGACUUCACCUUAUCCCUGAGCAACAUCCAGGAGAAGGACAAUCUGGAGUGUGAUUUUGGAACAGAGCAGCGAUAUGAGGCCACGUGGUUGGACAACUCAACUGUCAAAUGCAGCGGUGUGACGCUGUCCACUAAUCAGAGGAGUCAGGUUUUCCACCUCAAUCUGAGGAGAAGUGGAUACUUAAGCACUCACAGGGAGGACAUAUUCAUUGACAGCCCUCAGCCCAUAAGAGUGGAGGUGUACAACUGUGGAGUGGGUAGUUCAGACUGUUCCCAGUGCUGGGGUCGUGAGGAUCAGGGACAUCUUUGUGGCUGGUGUGAAAACAGCUGCAGGCCAAGGGAUGACUGCCAGUCCAUUAGAGAUGAGUGUCCUGCUCCUGAGAUCCACCAGAUCUCUCCCCUGAGGGGUCCUGUUGAAGGAGGCACACUGCUGACAGUACAGGGCAGGAACCUCGGCCGGAGAGCUUCAGCAGUGACGGUCUUUAUAGAUGAUGUGCCAUGUGAGCUCCUGCCUGAGCUCUAUACUGUCUCUGUAAAGCUUGUGUGCCGCACUGGGAAUUCUGAAUAUGACAGGACAGAUAUUGUCCGUGUGGAUGUGGAUCGGAGUGGGACGGGAACGUCAAGGGAGCGCUUUUCAUACUUAGUCCCAAAGCUACUGUCCAUUGAGCCAGAGAAGGGCUCUCGAGCUGGAGGAACCAGAGUAACCAUCAGGGGGGAACAUCUGGACAUUGGCUCUGAGGUUAGAGUCAAGGUCAACAGCACACUGGAAUGCAACAUCACGGAGAAAACAGAUAAAAUGAUUGAAUGCAUCAUGCCUGCAGCCUUGCAGGUAUACACAGAGUCAGUGGAUGUGUGUGUAGAGUUUGAGGGAAAUCCUUGUCAAGACAAAGAUCUUGGUACCACAUACACAUAUGAGAAUAACCCCACAAUCCUCUCCAUCCACCCGAAAAAGACUUUCCUCAGUGGUGGUCGGAUCAUCACUGUAACAGGUCAGGAUUUUGAUCUGGUGCAGACUGUCACCAUGCAAGUGCUUGGAAUUAGAGAAACAGACUGUACAGUGCUCUCCCCUUCCACCAUCAUCUGUCCAUCCCCAGCAUCCACCCAGUCCCAGGAGACAUUCGUGCAGUUCUCCCUGAAUGGAGUUCUUUACACCGGGGACAGCCCUUCCUUCUCUGAUAACAAGUCGGAAGAAGAGGAGGAUGAACCUCAUAAAGCCCAUUUCCUGUUGGGAUAUGUAGAGGACCCUCAGUUCUUCACUGCCAACAAGGAGAAGCUGAUUAAACACCAUUCAGGAGAGCCACUUACACUCAUCAUCAAUAAAGUGCCAAGCGAUCUGGAGUUGGAGCCAGAGGAAUACUCAGUGAUGAUUGGCUCCUAUCCCUGUAACAUCAGCUUUCAUAAUGACCAGCUGUUCCACUGCACCAUCAAUGGAUUGCUGAGAUCCAGCGAAAGUGAGCUGCCUGUCACCGUGCAAGUGGGGAACUUUCAUCGCAUUAUCGCCAAAGUGCAGCUCGGUGGCAGCGAGCUGGCCAUCGUGGUGUCCAUCGUGGUGUGCUGUGUGCUUCUACUGCUGUGCACAGUGGCUCUUGUCGUGUACUGCACAAAAAGCCGAAGGGCAGAGCGUUACUGGCAGAAAACCCUUCUUCAAAUGGAGGAAAUGGAGUCCCAGAUCAGAGAGGAGAUCCGUAAAGGCUUUGCAGAGCUGCAAACAGACAUGACAGAUCUGACCAAGGAGCUGAAUCGCAGCCAAGGCAUCCCCUUUCUGGAGUACAAACAGUUUGUCACUCGCACAUUCUUCCCCAAGAUGUGUUCAGAUUACGAGAGGAGCCUGGUCCAGCCCGCCUACGAAAAUGAUUCCCUGGGACCUCGUGCACUGCCAGAGACCCACCCACUGCUACAGGACUGGCAGGCCACCAACACAACAAAGCCGAACAUAGAAGAGGGCAUCACACUGUUCUCCACCCUCCUCAGUAACAAGCACUUCCUGAUCACAUUCGUCCACGCCUUGGAGCAGCAGAAGGACUUUGCUGUACGCGACAGAUGCAGCCUGGCAUCCUUGCUCACCAUCGCCCUCCAUGGUAAACUUGAGUACUACACCAGUAUCAUGAAAGACCUCCUGGUAGAUCUGAUCGAUGCUUCGGCCUCCAAGAACCCCAAACUGAUGCUGCGCCGCACAGAGUCUGUUGUGGAGAAAAUGCUUACCAACUGGAUGUCUAUCUGCAUGUACAGCUACCUCAAGGAAACAGUGGGUGAGCCCUUUUUCCUGCUGCUUUGUGCAAUCAAGCAGCAAAUCAACAAGGGCUCAAUAGAUGCCAUCACAGGGAAGGCUCGCUACACCCUCAAUGAGGAGUGGCUGCUCCGGGAGAACAUUGAGGCCAAACCACAGAACAUCAACGUGUCGUUCCAGGGCUGCGGCAUGGACUCACUGUCUGUCAGGGUCAUGAAUACCGAUACAAUCUGCCAGGUUAAAGAAAAAAUUAUAGAAGCCUUUUAUAAAAACCUGCCGUUCUCCCAGUGGCCUCGAGCAGAGGAUGUGGACCUGGAGUGGUUUGACUCUGGAAGCAACAGUAAGCUUCUGCAAGACCUGGACAACUCCUCAGUGAUAGAGGAUGGUCGAAAGAAACUCAACACAGUCUUCCAUUACCAGAUCCCAGAGGGAGCAUCGCUGGCCAUGAGCAUGAAAGACAAAAAAGAGAACACCUUGGAGAGAGUCAAAGAUUUGGAUACAGAGAAGUAUGUACACUUGGUCCUACCUCAUGAUGAGUUAAUAGAGACCAAGAAGUCACACAGGCACAGCCAUCGCAAGAAAGUCCUGCCUGAAAUCUAUCUGACGCGCCUGCUGUCCACAAAGGGAACUCUUCAGAAGUUUUUAGAUGACCUCUUUCAGGCCAUCCUCAGCAUCCCUCUGGACCGCCCGCCUCUGGCUGUCAAAUACUUUUUUGACUUCCUUGAGGAGCAGGCUGACAAACGGGGCAUCACAGACCCAGACACCCUGCACAUCUGGAAAACCAAUAGUUUACCUCUGCGUUUCUGGGUGAACAUCCUGAAGAACCCACAGUUUGUGUUUGACAUUGAUAAGACAGAUCACAUGGAUGCCUGUCUAUCUGUCAUCGCCCAGGCCUUCAUCGAUGCCUGCUCUAUUUCUGACCUGCAGCUUGGCAAGGACUCCCCUACCAACAAACUGUUGUAUGCCAAGGAGAUCCCAGAGUAUAAGAAGAGAGUCCAGUGCUACUACCAACAGAUUCAAGAAAUGGCACCUCUGAGCGAGCAGGAGAUGAAUGCUCACCUAGCUGAGGAGUCAAGGAAGUACAGAAAUGAAUUUAACACCAACUUGGCCUUGACAGAAAUCUACCAAUAUGCCAAGAGAUACAGAAACCAGGUGGUGAACGCUCUGGAGGCUAACCCCACUGCACGUCGCACUCAGCUGCACCACAAAUUCGAGCAGGUCAUUGCUCUUGUUGAGGACAACAUCUAUGAGUGCUGCAGUGAAGCUUGAACCUGCCCAUCUCUUCUGCUCGCCAUCUCUUUCUCCUAAGCUGCCGGCUGCCUUCCUCCCUCCUACGCGGCUACUUGGGAAUGCCACAAAGGAGUUCUUGUUCACGAGUGUCUUUCUUGCAGACUGUUACUAGGGAGAAUACUGGCAGAGCAAAGGAUUUAAACCUGCCUCUCAAGCAUCAUGUCAAAUCUUUCCCCAUGACUCAAACACAAUUCCAGUCUGGCUCAACUACGCUUUACAAGGAAUGUGUCGGAGCUCAGAGCUUUUCCUGGAUGUCUUCACAGUUACUGGGACCUGCAGAAAGCCCUGGAGGCAAUUUUAACGCACUGAACCCUUUUUUGAAGGGAACGAGCCAAUGAUGCACUGUACUGUAAUAUAAUGUCUAUAGCAAUAUUUAUAGAUGUGUUAUAAUGCUUUCAAGUGGCCUGUUCAUCAGGAUUAAUAGAAUUUUUCCCAUUUCCUAAAGCCUGCAGUGUUCUCAGGUGCGGCUGGUAAAGAAGGGUGGCUGACUCCCAUUGGUGCUUUGAACAAUAUGUCCCAAUGUGCUUUGCAGGUUAAUGACAGAUUGAUAAGGAAAGGAGACUUCAAAUUAUUAGAUCAAAUGUUUAAUGUAGUUCACUGGGAAGAACUGCAUCAAUAUAGAAGUGUUAAUCAGUGUGCUUGUGAAUGAAUGAAUAUCAUGUUGGAUCCUUUCUGAUCAAUUUAAAGAGGGAAAUUUACAUUUAAGGAAAGAAAAAGCUCAAUAUAAUCUGAGAGACUGUAAUUGUGAUGCCAAAUUAUUUGUUUGUGAAAUAAAUUACAGUAUUUAGGA